AGUUAAACACAAAGAAAAUUUUUAGUAAAAAGUUCUGCAGCAGAAGCAAUAAACAUCACUACUCCAACUGAAAAAAUAAUCAACAAAAACAUUCAAGAUGGCGCAACUGAUGUUCGAGACAAUCCCAGCUGCCAGUGUUUCAGGAGUUUCGCUAAAUGAUAAACAAACAGUUUUAACGGUUCGCAGUAUGUUGGAUUCACAAUUGAUCGCACAACCUGAAGCAGGUUCUACUAUUGAAGACAGUGAUGUAUUUCAAUGUGGAAAAUGUAAAAAGCAGUUCCUGUCAAUAGAAGUUUUUGUCAAUCACAAAGCAGAAUGUAGUAAUUCAACAGUUAAUUCUAUUACUGAUCUGACACUCCCAUCCAAUGUAUGUGGAGUUCCUCAGAAUACUGUUUUAGUACAAAAAAUACAGAUUCCUUCAUCAACACUAACAAAUUAUCCACAGAGUUUAGUCUUAACAGAAGCAGAUCUUUUACAACUGUCAGCUGCAGAAUUAGAUCCUACUGCUGUAACAACUAGUGUGACAUCUAAUUCAAAUAUAAAUGUUGUUCCAAGCCAUGCCAUAAUGCCUCAAACUACAUAUACUUCUCAAACUCUGCCAGCUACAGUCCAACAUGUUCUCCAGCAAGUUGCUAAUCAAGAUCCUCAACACCCUCAAACAGUUGAACUUUCAAUCAUCAAUGAUAAGUUUAUUUCUAGGCCUAUAUUUUUAACUAGUCAACAGGCAAGCAAUGCUAUAUCUGGUGUGGUUUUGAAUAUCAGCAAUGCUGCUGAGCCUACUUCUGUUCUCUGUCGAAAUCCAGAAACGGAUAAAAGUUCCAACAUUGUUGUAGACUCUUCACAAUGUGAAACUCUAGAUUCUGGGAACAAUAAUGAUCAAAAUGGUAAUGAUAAAGAACCAAGUACUGUGAAUAUCAUUACAGAAUUUCACAGUAGCAUGGUUAAAACAAAAAAACCAGCUACUGAAAAUGAAAAUGAAGAAAAUCAAAAUAAAAAGGAUAACAAAUUGAGUUGUGCCUAUUGUUGUAAGAACUUCACUAAGAAUUUUGACCUGCAGCAGCAUAUUCGGUGCCACACUGGAGAAAAGCCAUUCCAAUGCAUAGUAUGUGGAAGAGCAUUUGCUCAAAAAUCAAAUGUUAAAAAGCAUAUGCAAACACAUAAGGUUUGGCCUGAUGGCCUGGCCAAAACAUUGCCCCAUUUGCUUGGAAAAAAUGGCUCCUCAUGCAGUGAUAAUGAAAUGACCCAAGAUCGUGUUUUUUCAGAUGCUCCUAGUCAGCAAAUUGAUCCAGAGACGGACAGAAGUGGUUCUGGAGAAAUUGACAAAAGCUCUUAUGCAUGUCCUUAUUGUUCAUAUAUUGGAAAUAGUUAUUAUAAAUUAAAAAGCCAUAUGAAACAGCAUGAUACUGAAAAGGUAUAUAAAUGUAUUCUCAGCACUUGUGGACAAAUGUUUAAUGAACUUGAUCCAUUUUUGGAGCACACAAAAUCUCAUGAAAAUGAGAUGACAUACCGGUGUCAUGAAUGUAACAAAAGCUUCCCAUCUUUAUAUGAUCUUGGUUCUCAUCAAUUUACUCAUAGCCUUUAUCCUAAUUCAAGAACACGAAGUAGUCGUAGGUUCUUCCAGUGUAAUACUUGUCUAAACAAAUACUCAACACCAGCAGCCUUAGAUCACCAUCUAGCUACUUCUUCCCAUACAUAUAAAUGUUCAUGGUGUGUAAAAGUUUUUCCAUGUGAGCGAUACUUAAGGCGGCAUCUGCAAAUUCAUUCAGAGUCUGAGUCCUUCACUUGCAAUAUAUGUAAUAAAGGCUUCAAAACUGAAAGCUAUUUAAAAGUGCAUAUGCUUGUCCAUAGUGAAGAAAAACCAUAUGAUUGCAGUGUGUGCAAGGCUGCCUUUAAUCGGAAAGACAAACUAAAGCGUCAUUUACUGAUUCAUGAGCCAAUUAAACGAUUUAAGUGCCCUUUUCGAACUCAUGGUGGUUGUAAUAAAGAAUUUAAUCGAGCUGAUAAGCUAAAAUCUCAUAUUUUGACUCAUAGUUGUAUUAAACCUUUUGCCUGUAGACUUUGUGGUAAAAACUUUACUCGCAAAGCACACUUGCGAGAUCAUGAAAAACAAAAUCAUAAUGAUGAAGAAUUGAAACAAUUGAAUGAUGAAGAGCAAACUUCGGAAAAGUGUACUUCUGGUAUUUCCUUGACAGAUUCUGAUGACUCAAAGUCUUCUAAAUGCAAUAAACCAAUACAAAUCAAGAAAUCUCAUAGAUUGCGUAAGCAGAGAAAGAAAUUUAUUUAUUUGAACAAUUUAAAACCUACCUACGAUCAAAAAAAGAAAAGCAGAUUGAAAAAAAACUUAUGCUUAGACUUUGAAGAAAUUGAAAAUAAUCAUGAUAUGGACAGUAGUUCUGAAAUAGCAGAUGAUAUCCCUACAGCUCAUAUAGAAAUUAUAUCUUCGUAUGGUAUUGUAUCACAUACUGAAUUAACUCAAAUGUCUUUACCACCCGAAAUGACUUACAGUGAUUUGCAUUUUGAUCCUACUGAAGAAGAAACAAACAUUCCCGAUGCCUCUCCAAUAUCUGUUGAAACUAUACAUUCUACAAAUUCAAAUUCUCUAUUGUCAACUGACCUACAAACUGCAGCUGAACUGGCCGAUUACAGUUGAUAUAUUCCAAUUUAUUUUAACAUAUUUCCUAACUUUCAAUUAUCAUAAUAAUUUAUAAAAUAUGUCAUGAGUUGAGGUGUCAUUAUAGUAAAUUUAGUUGGCUUUAAUGUUUUAAUGCUAAUUAAUUUAGAUUUUACUCAUACUUUCAGUCUGUAGAAAUUGGAAAACAGAAUGAAAAGUAUUGAAAAAGAAACAAAAAUAUUAUUCCUUCCAUCUAUCUGCCUUUAGUUAUUCAAACUGCCAUUUUUCCUUCUUCAAAAUAAGUAGGAUACUUUUAAAAAUUACAUUAUCUUUUUAUUUAGAAAUAUACUAAAUGAAGCUUAUUGUCUUAUAUUGCACAUUAAGCUUAAUAAUUAAAUGCACAUAGUUGUGAUACAUAUGGUAUAUUACACUUGAUCAUUGUUUCUUUGAAAACUUUUGUUAUGUAGAACAUACCUUAGUUAAUAGAUCCCAAUUGAGAUCAAUAUUGAAAAUGAUUAAUUAGGCUUAGUAAAUAAAAUUAAUUAUUAAAUAUUUACUUAAUUAAAGAAUUGUUUUUAUGAAUAAUUAAUUCAUAAAUAAAGACCCUUCAUUAAUAUAAAAAAACCCUACUGGAUCAUCUAAGUUCUUGUUUUUAUAUAAAAAAAAAUUUGGUGAGAACAGUAUGUGUAGUGUUAUUAAAAGUCCUUAAAAACUGCUUAUUUUGUGGUUUUUUAUGCAAGGACCUUAAAAGUGCUUACUUUUUAUCCAGAUGUUUAUAUUUUUCUUCUUCUGAAAAAAAAAAACUCAUUUCACCACACUAAAUCUGCCCGAUUAUAGGCUAUAUUUUCUUUGUGGUGUCAGAUCUUUCAAUACUUGAUGAAUUCAGAGGUCAGUAAAAAGUUUUCUCAGUUUAGAGACAUAUUGAUAGAAUGGAAAAAAUAUAUUCUUUACAUUUACUUGACUCUUUUUUCAUUUCCUUUUGCUUGUUUAGAUAAGUGAAAAACCCUUUCUUUUUAGAAAUAAUUUUGUGUAUCCAUGUUAUGUUUUGAACAGUAACUUCUACUCAUCCUUGCUUUUCUGCACAUGAUUACUUGUAUGUCGAACAUCUGUUAGCUAUAUUUUAAGGUCAUUUUCUGGCUUUCCAUUAUUGAAUUAUUUAAGUAUUUUUAUUUCAAUUUUUGAACUUAACAAUGUGAUAUCAAUAUCAAAAUUUUGUACCAAAUCUGUCAAUAAAUUGACCAUCUGUCGAUUUGUAUGUUCAGCAAUACAAAACAAAACACAAUUUAGAUAAAUAAGUUGGAAAAAUGGCAGUUGCACAUCUAUUUAUUAAAAGAUGUAUGCUAAAUAUUUUUAUCAAGGUUUCCCAAAUUUGACUUUCUAAUACCAAAUUAUGGUGUAAAAUGAUUCAACAAUUUAAUUUGGAUGAAAGUAAUGAAAUUUUGCUUUGUUUCUACAUAAAACAGAAUUGGAUUCUUAUCAUUCAAUCUAUUUUUUACAUUAAUUAAAUCUGCACUUUUACAUUAUAAAAAUCAAUUAAAAAAUAAUGGAGAUCAACAUUCAGUGGCACGUCAAUAUCUCUCUCAAUUUUUUGUUAAUGUUCUUAAAGAACUUUAAUAAAAACAUUCAGCUGUUGAUGAAAAAGAAUUAGUUUCAUUUAUUCAUAAGUAUUUUUUAAAAAGGUUUCAAAUGAGAUAAAAUUGAAUCAUGAAUAUAUCAUUUGUAAAAAGAAAGUUAUACUUGCAGAUUUUAUUUACAAAAAUUAAAAAUCUUAUUAUGAAUUGCAUGCUGCAUUUCGUAGUAAACCAUAUCAAAUGAAUUCCUCUUAUACAUUUUUUUUUUUUUUUAACUUCAUGAACUUUUCCUUAAUAAUUUAUUCAGGGAUGAUAGUAAAAAGAAAAGGCAAUGUAAAAUGAAGAAAAGGAAAGAACUCUUAAUUAUUACUGUAAUACAGUAGACUCCCGAUUAUCCGCGCCUGCCGCACUAAGGUUUUUUUUUUUUUUUGCUUUCAAGCAAAGAGAAAAUGCUUCCAAGGCAAGAAGCAAACACAAAUGACUGAUUUCUUCAAAAAGGUGUAGUUUUACAGUUAUGCUUUUGUAAUUACAUAAUACAUUACAGUAUUAAAACAGUACAUAUGUAUUCAUUUUUCUGUGUAUCCUUGACGCCUCUCGUAAGUACAAAGCACUUUUCUGUUUUCAUUAACAAAAUGCAUUUUAGGUUAGUUUUGAGUGAUAUACUAAAAUAUUAAGCGUUAGUUAAACAUUUCCUGCUGUUUAUUGUACAUUUUUCAAAGUUGGAAUAACUAUUUUCUCUUUUGCUAUACCCGUUUUUAGCUUUUUUCGGAUUAUCCGCGAUUUUUGUUAUCCGCGGUGACCGCGCCACCCAAUUCCGCGGAUAAUCGGGAGUGUACUGUAUGUAUAUUAAUUUCAAAAAUCUGAAGGUGUUUAGAAUUGAAUGAAUGAUAAAGUUUAUUAAUUCGAAUGUUAUACCAAUAAAGCCCUUCUGCAUUACAAUGAAAAUGAAUGUGAUUACAUUCAUAUCUGCAAUCAUAAUAAUUUGUUUGCUUGUGUGCUGUAUAUAUGUCAGUUGUAUUUUUAAACAUAAGAUGAAAAUUAUGCACAAUCCAUAAAUAUUUCAUGUAUCCUGUAAACUGUUUAUUGUAUCAUCUUCGCAAAACAUUCCCAAAGCAGAAGUUUUCAUUAAAUUGUAUAGUAGAGAAUUAAACAGUUUAGAGUUUAUAAAAUCAUUAUGCUUGAAAUAACUUUGAGUGCUUAAAUUUAUCACAAAAUAUUAAAUAUAUAUAUUUAUAUUGUUCUUAAGAUUUGAACAUAAUGGUAAAAUGUAAAACAUUUUUUUGUUUUUUAAAUUGUAUUAUUAAAAGUGGGUUGAUAUUUGUUUCUGAUGAUUGCAAGUUUUCACCAAAUAUAUCAAAAGCUUUUUGAAUUGGAUUUAACCAUGGCAUCCAGUUCAGGUAUUAUUCAAAAUUCAUGAUAAAUUGCCACCUGUUGAAUUUAUAUUUAUCUGUGAUAUUUAGCAUUUUGUGCAUUUGUUCUUUUUUUAUACUUGUUUCAGUUAAUAUUUUUAUUUUAUUGUUAGCAUGAAUUUUAAAAAAAAAAUCAUUUUUAAAGGAAUUUAUGUGAAAUUGGAGCUAAACAGAUUUUUUUUAUAUAUUUUGCACAUGGAAUAGAAUAUAUAAAUAUGCUUGAAAGCUACAGAAAUUUAAACAUAAAAUUUGUAUAUUUAUUUUCUGUCAUUUAUUGCACUUUUCACCAUAUUACUUAAUCAUUCUACAUUUCAUUUCAUUAAUUUUCUGUUUAAAUUUGCU